CUAUGACGUAAGCACACUGUAAGCUCAGAGAGUGGGUCUCGGACGGUGCUGUUAUUGUUCGGUUUAAAGAGUUUGCGGGUGGUCGGUCGGUCCUUUGUUUUUAUUUGUGGGGGUUGUAAACUACCACUAGCAGAAUAACUCGUGCCAAAAACCAUCACCUGCACGCCUGGGCUGAGGUUUAUUUGAAUGAUAUAGCAGCAUUUCAACCAGGUAGUGGUAAGCUUACAAGUCCCAUAAAGUAGCUGAUGGAUGCGCGGGUAUCGGAGUUAUUUGGCUCAGGAAAUGACUCUGGAGCUCAAGAGGUUGCAUCCAACGUUAUGCCGGGAAACAGCUAUGGGGUAGCCCUCAAAAAGUCAUAUUUAAAGAACCACAAGAAGUCCAAAUCCCGAUUCGCUCGCAACUUCAAACCAAGCAAUAACCCACCAUAUCUACCUCCGGAGGCCGAAGAGGGAAAUAUAGAGUACAAGCUCAAGCUAAUAAACCCCACACAAUACCGCUUUGAGCACCUGGCGACACAAAUGAAAUGGCGACUGCAGGAGGGUCGAGGGGAAGCUGUCUAUCAAAUAGGUGUAGAGGAUAACGGCAUGUUGGCGGGACUAUCAGAGGAAGAUUUGAGGACAUCUCUAAAGACGCUCCAUGAGCUGGCAGAGAAGGUUGGAGCUGACAUCACUGUUCUCAGAGAAAGAGAGGUGGACUUUGACUCGGAUGUGCCUCGUAAAAUUGCUGAAGUUCUCAUCCGCAAGGUGCCAGAUGACCAGCAGUUCUUGGACUUGCGAGUAGCGGUAAUAGGUAAUGUGGACUCAGGCAAGUCCACUCUGUUAGGUGUCCUGACACAGGGUGAGCUGGACAAUGGACGGGGGAGAGCGAGACUCAACCUCUUCAGACAUCUACAUGAGAUCCAGACUGGACGCACUUCCAGCAUCAGCUUUGAGAUCCUUGGCUUCAAUAGUAAAGGGGAGGUUGUGAAUUACAGCGAGUCUCGGACAGCAGAGGAGAUUUGUGAGAGUGCCUCUAAAAUGCUCACGUUCAUAGAUCUGGCUGGUCACCAUAAAUACCUAAAGACCACCAUCUUCGGCCUCACCAGCUACUGUCCUGAUUUUGCUAUGCUGGUCGUCAGCGCAAAUACCGGCAUUGCUGGCACAACACGGGAGCAUCUUGGGAUUGCCAUGGCCCUGAAGGUGCCCAUCUUCAUCGUCAUCAGUAAAGUGGACCUCUGUACGCGAGCCACCGUGGAGCGCACUGUGCGGCAGUUGGAGCGCGUCCUGAAGCAGCCGGGCUGUAACAAGGUGCCCAUGGUUGUGAGCAGCACGGACGAUGCCGUCACAGCAGCCCAGCAGUUCGCACAAUCACCCAACAUCACACCCAUCUUCACCCUGUCCUGUGUGACUGGAGAGAGUCUAGACUUGAUCAAGGUCUUUCUAAACAUCAUCCCUCCUCUCAGCAACAGUAAGGAGCAGGAGGAGCUUAUGCAACAGCUAACUGAGUUUCAGGUGGAUGAGAUCUACACAGUGCCAGAGGUGGGGACCGUGGUGGGAGGCACUCUGUCCAGUGGUAUUUGUCGUGAGGGAGAUGAUCUUGUGGUAGGGCCCACCGACUUAGGCCAGUUCCACAAGUUAACCAUUGAGAGCAUCCAGAGGAACCGCUCAGCGUGCAGGGUCCUCCGGGCCGGCCAGGCUGCCACCCUCGCCCUGGGCAACUUCGAACGCUCACUACUACGCAAGGGCAUGGUGAUGGUGAGUCCGGAGAUGGAUCCUACCAUCUGCUGGAUGUUUGAGGCUGAGAUUGUGCUGCUCUUCCAUGCCAAGACCUUUCACAAGGGUUUCCAGGUUACUGUGCACAUCGGGAAUGUGAGACAGACUGCAACUGUGGAAGCUGUCUGCGGAAAGGAGGAGCUGAGGACAGGGGAGAAAGCAGUUGUCGUCUUCAAGUUCAUCAAGCACCCAGAGUACCUGAAGGUAGGAGCUAAGCUGCUCUUCAGAGAGGGCGUGACCAAGGGAAUCGGCCACGUCACCAAGCUGCAGCCCAUCGCCCAGUACCGGCUAUCCUCGAGCGAAGACGAUGAAACCUUGAAACCUUGAAUGAGGCUUAAUGUUACUCCGAAAAAAACAACAGAAAACACCGUCCCACCCGAAGACAAGGUGCUUUAUAAAUGACUGCCUGCUUUCCCCAAAGACCACUCUGUCCUGUUCUCUGCAAAUCCAUCACUGUCUCAGGAGUCAUUGUUUUAUCACCCUGUCCCAAAGCCUUGCUGUCACCCUCCGCCUUCAGCCUUUUUUAUCUUUUUAGUCCACGUUUUGGUGUAACAUUUUUAAGAGUUGGUUUUCUUGGCACUGAUAAGAGGUGGCCCCCUCAGCCACCUCUGUCACACGUCCACAACAUCUACCAACAUGAUAUUGAGUCUAAAAGAACACAUAGUUGCAAGUGGCAGCUAGGAAUGUGCUUUCACACAAAAGUGCUGUUUACAAUGCACUCCUCUCACAUAUUUUUAAAAAGAUCCUCACACACUUGCACUGAAACAUAAAUGCCAGCGUCGUUAUAUACCUUUGGCAGAUAAUUGUUUACAAACAGUUGCCAGUAUGAGAUGGGCAUUAUUGUGUUUCCUGUUUCAUCACCCCACACAGUGCCUGAUUGAUAAAGAGUUCUUAGUAACCGCUGUUUAUUUAUUUUGGAUUAAAGCAGAUAAAACAAAUAAUUUCUGACACAGCUGGUCAGUUUUAUAUAAGCUAAACCAUUUUGCUACAAGCUACACUAGUGCUGACUAAAGAGAAGUUCAUGUAGCUACAGAAGCGCAUUUGAGGCGUGCGGAGUAAGAACCUGACCGUUCCUGUGUCAGCCUGCCAAGAUCAUUCACAUUGGCUCUCACUUUGCAACUGGUUUUGUCACAUAUGUUCAGAUAGUUGUGUAUUUUCUCUAUCACAAAUUAUGCCUCAGGAUAGGGCAGUGAGUCGACUCUUGCUGCCUGUCUUUAAGUGCUUUAGUUACUCAGGUUAGUUUAGGUAAGGUAUGAGACAGCAUUCCACUCACAGAUCGAAACCCGAAAAGCUUUCUGUUGCUGACUUGGUGAGAAGGAAAAUGAAUAACGGGGUGUUUUUUUUCCAAAGAGAUGAUUGGUUAUGGAUUUGAUAUGAUGUAAAGCUGCCUACGGAUGUAGCUUUGUUUUAAAGCAUUUCUGUUCGAAGUGCUUGAUGUCGUCUCUUCACUUCAGUUACUGAUGUCACUCACUUUGGGGUGUAACACAGUGCCUAAUGGACCUACUGUUUUAGUAGUCUACCAUUACACCCCAAAGCUUUACAACUUAGUAAACCAGUCUUAUUAAGUUGGUGCUAGAUUCCUCAGAACAGCUUUCGAUGUUUAGAAGAUUUAAAAUGAAUGCUAAUUGCUACCCUUUGUUGAAGGCUGCUGUUGGCUUCUUGAUGUCUUAUUAUAGCAUGUUGUUUUGACGGUAGCAGUACAUUCUGUCCCAUUGACGGCAAUGAUAAGAGGCGUGACGGAAAUGUGUGCUGUUUUGUUGCACACGCAUUCUUGUUACGCAUCAUUUGUGUGCACUCAGAGAACUUACAACGCAUUUCCACCAAAAUAUUUAUAGCUUUUAUGAGGGCUAUCAGGUGUUAGUUUGUUUAUAUAUAAGUGAGUAUUUUAUAGAUUUCUAGUAGUUCCAGAUUUUACAAUAUAUAUUCAAUCACGUUUUCCACUGUUUUCACAGCCUUCUUUUGGUCACAAACACACUUUUCCGAAACUACUUUUAGAGCCUUCCUUUAACUCAAAAUAAAGGUUCAUUUUUAUUUGGGUGAAAUGCAAUAUUUAUGUACAGAUCCAGUUUGUGUUCAUGAUGUACAUGAAUAAAAGUUGUACUGUCUA